AUCAUGUUAUAUAUAUAUAAAAAAAAAAAAACCACCUCUCAAAAGAAGAGAACAAAACACAAAUUAUUUCUCUUUGAACAUAUUUUUGACAAAAAUACUUCUCAAAAUAAUUUACGUGUUAAACAAGUUGUAAAAGGUCUCUUUGUCAAAAAAAAAAAAAAAAAAAGUUGUAAAAGGUAGAUGAAAUUGAAACAAAUGAGUCCUAGAUUGAUCAAUGAUCCCUAUUUUUGAUGGAUCAAAGAAAAAGAAAAAGAGAGAUCAAUGCUCAAUCUGAAGGAUGAACAUGUUUUUGUAUAGGAUCUGCUGGCCAACAUUAGGACCUCUUCUGAGUUUCCCCUCCCCAAUUCUUCUGGAUUUCUCCUAUACGGCUGGGUUCUAAAAGAAAGAAAAAAAAAAAAAAAGACAUUUGAAAGCAGAACAUAUAUUUUAAUAGCAUGAAAAAAAGGCCUUCCUUGAUAUUAAUAUUUUGCUGGCGACAAUUGUGACGCACAAUAAUUAAAUAGGGGGGAGAUAAUAAAUAAAAAUAUAUCGAUGGGUACAAGUAAUGAAGAUUUACCGCAAGGAACAGUAAAAAAUGUGGUGGAACAGGAUACGUUGAAGUGGGUAUUUGUAGGAGGGAAAGGUGGUGUUGGAAAAACAACAUGCAGUUCCACAUUGGGUAUUCUUCUAUCUCAGGUUCGAUCAUCAGUUCUCAUCAUAUCUACUGAUCCUGCUCAUAAUCUCAGUGAUGCUUUUCAACAACGUUUCACCAAGGCCCCUACUCUUAUCAAUGGAUUCAACAACUUGUACGCCAUGGAAGUUGAUCCAACUGUGGAGAAUGACGAUACGCUUGGAUCAGAUGGAAUGGAUGAUUUUCUGUCUGAUUUGGCAAAUGCUAUUCCUGGAAUUGAUGAAGCUAUGAGUUUUGCGGAGAUGCUCAAAUUGGUGCAAACAAUGGACUACUCUGUCAUAGUGUUUGAUACAGCCCCAACUGGACAUACUCUACGGUUAUUACAAUUCCCAUCAACACUAGAGAAGGGGCUUGCCAAAGUGAUGGGCUUGAGGAAUAAAUUUGGCGGUGUUAUAAGUCAGAUGAGUCGUAUCUUUGGGGUCGACACUGAAUUUGGUGAGGAUGCGAUCCUAGGAAAACUUGAAGGCAUGAAAGAUAUAAUUGAACAAGUGAACAGACAGUUCAAGGAUCCAGACUUGACGACAUUCGUUUGUGUUUGCAUCCCGGAAUUCCUCUCUCUAUAUGAGACUGAAAGGCUUGUUCAGGAACUCACUAGAUUCGAGAUUGAUACACAUAACAUUAUAAUUAACCAAGUGCUUUUCGACGAAGAAGUUGUUGAAUCCAAGCUGCUGAAGGCUAGGAUGCGGAUGCAACAAAAGUACAUGGACCAAUUCUACAUGUUAUAUGAUGACUUCAAUAUUACCAAGCUGCCUUUGCUGCCACAAGAGGUUUGUGGUGUUGAAGCGCUGAAAGCAUUUUCACAUAACUUUCUGACACCGUACCAACAUUCACUUGUUCGCGGUUCAGUAGAGGAACUGGAAAUGAGAAUAGCCACACUGAAAGAACAGUUGAAAGAUGCCGAAGAAGAACUGGAAAAACUUCGAGCAGGCCAAGAAGAAACCAUAAUGUAGAAAUACUUGGCGGAUGGAGGGCAUUAUGUUGCCUUCACUUUUUCUUUUAUCCUUUUUUAGGAAACAGCGUAUCUGAAAAAUCAUAUUUUUCUUAGAGAAAACUAAUCUUUUUUUGUAUUAAACUUUUUUCAAUUUUUUGGUUCUUUUGGACCUUCAAGAAGACAAUAAAUGAGGUUAUAAUAUUCAUGAAGUAAACUUGACCACCA